GCCCCACCCCCUUCACGUACAAGUGAAUUGUUGAAGAUUUAAGGAGUGUGUUCUCGAGGCUUCCCUCGUUAAAAGUAUAGUACUAAUCAUGGUGCUGAAAGCUGUUUGCGUUUUGAAGGGCUCUGGUGAAGUUAGUGGUACUGUGUAUUUUGAACAGGAGGAUUGUGGACCAGUGACUAUUAAAGGAAACAUUAAAGGACUUGCUGCUGGGAAACAUGGAUUCCAUGUCCAUGUAUUUGGAGACAACACUAAUGGUUGCAUAAGUGCAGGUCCUCAUUUCAAUCCAGAAAAUCUCACACACGGUGGCCCAGAUGAUGAAAUCCGACAUGUAGGUGAUCUUGGAAAUGUGAUUGCUGAUGAGCAAGGUGUAGCGAGCUUCUGCUUCAAAGACAGAUUGGUUUCUUUAUCAGGACCGCACUCUGUAGUGGGCCGUAGUGUUGUGGUCCAUGAGAAAGAAGAUGACUUGGGCAGAGGUAAUGAUGAAGAAUCCAAAAAAACUGGAAAUGCUGGUGGUCGGUUAGCCUGUGGAGUUGUUGGAAUAACCCAAUAAUGGGUCAUAAUUUUGUAAAACUUUCAGCACCUAAAAUCAGCAGGCUUUUGUUUAAAGUUCUGAUAUCACCUAAUUUGACAUUUAUGGAUGACCUAAUAAAAGCACUUACAGUAUGGAGUGGUUAGGAAAAUGUAGUAAUUGCAACAUUGUGGCUUAACCUUAUUUGGUAUUGUACCAUACUUUUAUAUUCAAAAUCUACAUUAAAGUUCAUUUAGCAGUC